AUGCAAAUAUUCUGCAAGUGUCUCGUUGGCGGAGCUUGGGUUGAGGCCCCUAAAGUGGGCAAAAAUGGCCGAAUUGAAGCCUGGGAUGUUCUGUUUGCCCCACGUCGAGAAUUCGCCACGGAUAUGGCUGGAUUUGCCCUACAUAUCAAAGAACUCUUUCGGGUCCGAAAGUAAGU